AUCGCCAUUCUGAAUGAUACGUCUCACAAAGUAACACGAGUAUUCCUAACCAGAAUUUUCUGGCGAGAAAGUUAUCAAAAUGGCUGCCUAGUAUUGGAGUGCAACCCCCACGUGCCAAAGCGUUUGCUUUGCACCAAGUUUAUAAUCAUCAUGGCGUCCCACAACGUUUCUUCACUGCUUGCCCUGGCAAUAGCCACCGGAUUCCUCGCACCUAUAGAAAACAUCCCAUUACAUAUUCCUUCUUCAAUUUCCUUGGAAGACAUUAACAAUGACAGAUAUGGCGUUGUACAACGUGGAAUUGCUUCGCACCGAAUUUAUGAUGGACAACCUGUCUGGGUCGUUCCCUCAGAGUUUGGGCGAUGACGAUCUAUUUGGGUUGGGAACGUUGUUCCCAGGUGACACCCAGAGCCCCACCAAGGGUCUCCAACCAGCUUCUGAUGUGCUGGAAGAGUUCUUGGCCCAAAGCCCAGAAGAUCCCCUUGGUGUAGAAUGGAUGGAGAAUUCUGCCUUCGAUUUGGAGCAGACAUUUGGCUUGCCAGACCUUGAUGCAGUAACUGCAGAAGCAGUUGCUGUGGAAAGUCCACCAUCUCCGAAACCAAAAAACUCUGGCAUCCUGCAUGAGUUGCUGGUUCAGCCAAUACCACUUCUGACUCCAGUCGUUGAAUCUGAACAAAAACCAGCUGCUGAUAUUGACUUGUUAGAAUGUGUCACUGAAGUCAAAGACUGUGAUAUUACAGAAGGCAUUUUGUCAUUACUGGAUCAAAAUGAGAAUGUGCAAGUUGACCAUGUGCAACCAGAGACCUCCUCGGUUGAAGCUGUUGAUUCAAUAAUUGAACAGUUCAUAACUUCACCGCUCUCAGUUGAUGAGGUUGAAAACUUUUUGUCUGGUUCUGAACCAUCUAGUCCAGAACCGGUCGAUGAUCCAGAUUAUAUACCUGGUUGCAGUGAUGAUGAAAUAAAUCAUCCUAAGUCUAAGUCAAGUAGCAGCAAGGCAAAGAAGACAACAAAGUCAAGAAUUAGGGCAGAACCAUAUAAAAUUCCCACUGAAGGACUAUCUAAAAAAGAGCGCAAGAAAAUUCAGAACAGAAAUGCUGCUAUUCGAUAUCGUGAGAAAAAGCGUGGUGAAAAAAAUGUUAUCAAAACAGAUGAACAACUUUUACAGGAAACCAACAAAAAACUGCAUGACCAAGUUGACAGCAUUUCUCGGGAAAUAAAAUACAUGAAGGACUUGAUGACAGAAGUGUUUAAGGCAAAAGGACUUAAGAUUUCCUUUAAAUAGAUCGUCGAAAGAGAGGGUUGGGGGGUGGUUAUUUAUUCUCAUUAUGAUCAUUUUCAUAGACUGGCCAGUAAGGUCUCUUCAUUUGACGUGAAUAAAAAAAUUAAGAAAAACUAAAAA